UCUCUUCAGCACGAGUGGUUCAUCACAUUUGAGAUAUUAAAAGUUUAUUCUCUCCGAUUCCGUCUUGCUAACUGUUUACUUCUUCUUACUGUUUAUUUCUUCUUACUAACUAUUUAUUUCUUCGUUUGUAUGUUGUUUUACCUACCAUUUGAGAAUUUGUACUCACAUAUAAACCUCACCAGAUUUAAGUGAAAUGCCAUACAUUCUGCAUUGGAAUAACAUGGUAAUUAUUGUAGUAAACAUAUAUGUGAGAGUCGCAUGAUCCUUUUCUAUACAAAUACUUUGGAGUCACAUGAUCUUGAUGUAAAUUGAACUAUGCAUGGCACCGGAGACAACGUUUACGUGACACGGGACCUCCAUUUUGAGGUCGUAUCCUAUCCGAACGACCGGAGAUUAUCGAACUCAAGACACCUAGCUGUGACUGUGAAUAGUUCAAGUUUUAUUUCACCAAAUUCUUUCCAACUCCAAAGUUUCUACACAUUUAAACGUUAAAUUCAUUACUGUAUGCCGUGAGCAUUACUCACCCGCACAACAAUUAUAAAAAUGGACAAAAAAAUCAUACAUUACAAAAGAAAAACAGAAUAAAAAAAAACAACCUCAAAAGCUAUAAACCGUAUAUCAGUGUCCUUAAGGCUAGAAUUUAGAGCGAAGGGCACUGUCACGUUUGUUCCCAUAUCUGUUCUACGAGAUAAAUGAAACCCUGAUCUGCGAUAAAGCUCAUUCUAUUCCCGUCCAGUAGAAGCGUUAACCAUGAACAGCAUUACUGUAUUGUGUUUCAUUGCAGUAGCGGUCAGUGUAGUGUACGGAAGUGAUGCUCCCUGCACAAACUCUGGUGGUCAUUGCCAAGACGACCAUCUGUCCUGUCACAACGGUCACUAUCAAAGUGGACUUUGCUCUGGAGGCACACAUCGACGUUGCUGUUUGACGACCUCGUCUCACACUGGCACAUUCAGCUCUGGCCUAGUUUCGCAGCAUUGUCUGGAGUGCAUUUGUAAUGUGGAAUCCGGAUGCAAAGCUAUUGGUUGUCACUUUGACGUAAAUUCCGAUUCCUGCGGAUAUUUCCAGAUUAAGGACAAUUACUGGCAGGAUUGUGGAUCUCCGGGAACAAGCUGGAGAUCAUGUGCAAAUGACCUGACAUGUGCCUCGAAAUGUGUGCAGAAUUACAUGUCUCGUUAUAUCGGCUAUAGUGGCUGUUCUCACACUUGUGAGAGUUACGCGAGAAUUCACAAUGGUGGACCAAAAGGCUGCACACACUCGUACACAGACGGUUACUGGUCACAUGUUACUGCGAAAGGCUGUCACCACAAUAGCUAAAUAAGUGAGCUGCAUAUUUCUGACAGAAUUGUGUAAAAGGAUGAUUUAUUGAUGGAAAUGUACAAAUAAACACAAUCAUCUACAGUU